GCUCCGACUACUCUCCCCCACCGCCUCCCCCUCUUCCUCGCGCUCCCAUCCCUGCCCUGACCAACGAGCACAGCGGCAGCGGUAGCCAUGGUGACCAUGGCGGAGGAGGGGGCGGGGUCAACCACGGCGUGGGCGUGGUUGGCCUGGCUCCGGAGCACAUCCCCACGCCGGGGGCAGCCCUGAGCUGGCAGGCGGCCAUCGACGCCGCGCGGCAGGCGAAGAUGAUGGGCAACGCCGCAUCGGGCGGAGGCGCGGGGCUCGGUUCGGGAGGGGGCGGGCCCAUCUCUACGGCCAGCUCUACGCAAAGGAAGAGACAACACUACAGCUCCAAACCCAAGAAACAGACCACGACGACAGCCACAAGGCCGCCACGGGCCCUGCUCUGUCUCACACUCAAGAACCCCAUCCGCAGGGCCUGCAUCAGCAUCGUGGAGUGGAAACCAUUUGAGAUCAUCAUCCUGAUGACCAUUUUCGCCAACUGCGUGGCCUUAGCUGUCUACAUCCCCUUCCCUGAGGAUGACUCGAAUGCCACCAACUCCAACCUGGAGCGUGUGGAGUACCUGUUCCUCAUCAUUUUCACGGUGGAGGCGUUCCUGAAGGUAAUAGCCUACGGCCUGCUCUUCCAUCCCAACGCCUACCUGAGGAACGGCUGGAAUUUGCUCGACUUCAUCAUCGUAGUUGUAGGGUUAUUCAGCGCGAUCUUGGAGCAGGCCACGAAGGGGGACGGGGCCACUCCUAUUGGAGGGAAGGCAGCGGGCUUCGAUGUCAAGGCUCUGAGAGCAUUCAGAGUACUCAGACCACUCAGACUGGUCUCUGGAGUACCGAGUAAGUACUGAGAGAGAGAGAGAAAGAAAGAAAGAAAGAAAGAAAGAA